GGAGCGUUCUUACCAGUGGGGCAAGGGAGCAACCGGAUUGAUCUGGAGUGAACAAAACUUUCUUGUUAUCCAGUGGGUAAAACGAGUGUAGUUCUUUGUAAGGCAACACAAAGCUUCACCAGGACUCCCAGACAAGAUACCAGUCAUGCCUGUAGGUCAGCACGUGGAGGUUCAAAGACGGCAGCUGACCAAUCAGCGGACGACUGUGGUGAGCCUUGCUGGGCCGCCACCUCAACUCAUUGACGGGAUUCUGGUCCGUACAGCUCUCACAAACCUUGCGGCUCACACAUCCAGUAGAAUGGCAGCGGAACAGGAAAUGCCUACUUUUAAGUUGGUGUUGGUAGGAGAUGGUGGUACUGGUAAAACCACAUUUGUGAAGAGGCAUUUGACUGGAGAAUUUGAAAAGAAGUAUGUUGCCACACUUGGAGUGGAGGUUCACCCUCUCGUGUUCCACACCAACAGAGGCCCUAUAAAAUUCAAUGUUUGGGAUACUGCAGGUCAAGAGAAAUUAGGUGGCCUUCGUGAUGGUUACUACAUCCAAGCUCACUGUGCCAUUAUUAUGUUUGAUGUUACAUCCCGAGUCACUUACAAAAAUGUUCCUAACUGGCACAGAGAUCUUGUUCGUGUGUGUGAGAAUAUUCCCAUAGUCUUGUGUGGAAACAAGGUUGAUGUUAAAGAUCGCAAGGUCAAAGCAAAGUCCAUCAUUUUCCAUCGAAAGAAAAACCUACAGUACUAUGACAUCUCUGCAAAGUCGAACUAUAACUUCGAAAAGCCUUUCUUGUGGCUUGCACGAAAGCUGAUUGGUGAUCCCAAUCUGGAAUUUGUUGCUAUGCCUGCACUUCUCCCACCAGAGGUUCAGAUGGACCCCCAAUGGCAGCAACAAAUAGAGAACGAUCUCCAAGAAGCUUCCCAGACUGCUUUGCCAGAGGAUGAUGAAGAUUUGUAAAGCCAGCUAUUGUAUUGGACAAUGAAAUAAAGCUAUAUUUGUUAAUACCUGUGUUAAAUUGGAAUUGUUAAAAAAUAUAGCCUAAACUAUUGCUCUUGCAACCGUUUCAUGCUGAUAUUAACAGGAAGUAGGUUUGCCUAAGUUGUUUCCACACAAAUAAGUGUGCUUGUUUAAAACAUUCCCAUAAGCAUGCUGCUAGUGAUAAAGAAAAGAAUUUAGAAUCUUUUUAAGAGCUUGCAGUUUACUGUUAAAACAAUUUUCUAAUAAAAUAACAAAAUCUUA